GCAUGUGGGAUCUUCCCCGACCAGGGCUCGACCCCGUGUCCCCUGCACUGGCAGGCGGAUUCUUAACCACUGCGCCACCAGGUAAGUCCCAGAAUGUUCCUUUUCUGAAGCAACUUUCCUGAUGAGUUAAUAAUGGGUCAAAUUCCCAGUGUCCUAUUAACCGUUAGGCAAGGAGAGUUAAAGUUGAACCGCUUUGUACAACUUAAUCUAUUACUGUACGUGGUAUUUGAGACGCUAUACUGUAGUACUCAAAAGCACACGAACACAAAUCCUGACACUGGACACGUGUAUUAGUCCCCCAGUUUAAAAAUAUGUUUGCAGACUUCAUCUUCGUUGAUCCUGACUAGGUGUGCAAAUGGCAAGUUACUUGGCCUCUAGGGGACCCACCGCGGAAAGCAAAUACAAGGUGGCCGUGGAACGGCGGACGGGUCCGGUUUUCUCAUCCACGCCCGCGGCCGUCCCUCCCGGCUCCGCAAUCCCAGGCCUUCCGAGCAUCCGCAGCCGGCGCGUCGCGGGCCCCCGGCGCCGAGGUCCCGACGUGACGCUACCCGAAUUCACUCACGUCUCUGGGAGUCACGGCCUAUCUCUCCUCAGCCCUCCAGCACCAUACACGGCCACCACGAGCCCCGGCCACGCUGCCUGACUGACCCCGCUCUCCCGGGCGCCUCGCGACUCCCAGCCGCGCCCACCACCAGCAGCGACCGGCGCACGGACGUCUCAAACGCCUACGGCCGCCGGCACGUGACCAACGCGCGCUAACCCCGGGCUGCCGGCGCCGAUUGCCCUAGAGGCCGGCGCGUGGAGUGCGCGCAUGCGCGUGCACAUGCGUGAGCAGGGAGAGCUCCGGCGGCCGCUUCAAAGCAGUUGGGCGCAUGCGCCGCGUGACGCCCCGCUGCCGCCGUAGGAGGAGCUGCAAACCAAGGCUCCGGCGCACUUGCGUAGUAGCUGGACGCGGGCGUUUCUUUCCUCCCUUUUUUUCGAAUUGGUCGUGAGGGGUAGAUUCGAGUUACAAAAUGGCGGCGUGGCGCGUGUGGGCCGCCGUUCUCCCAAAGGUCUCCUCCUGAACGGACGAUUCUCCCCCUCACUGCCCAACGCAGAGAGACGAGGUCCCCGAGGGACAUGGUGUUUGAGACUCAGGGCUUGCCGACCACCGAAUCCUUCGAGUCUCUCAGCGCACCGGAAGCGACCGGGCGCCGCUUCAGACCCGAGCGCCGCGGCCGCGACCUCGCACCUGCCCGCCUCUACGCACCCGGGCUUCGCCGCACCCACAACCUAGCGAGGGCCGCGGCUGCCGCCGGCGAGGUUCGAAAAAAUGGCCAAAAGAAUUGCCGAGAAGGAAUUGACGGAUAGGAAUUGGGAUCAAGAAGAUGAAGCAGAAGAGGUGGGAACAUUCUCCGUGGCCAGUGAGGAAGUCUUGAAGAAUAGAGCCAUAAAGAGAGCAAAGCGUAGAAAUGUUGGAUUUGAAUCUGAUAGUGGAGGGGCCUUUAAAGAUUUUAAAGGCUUGGUUGUACCUUCUGGAGGAGGAGGGUUUUCUGGAUUUGGUAAUGGUGCUGGAGGGAAGCCUUUGGAAGGACUGUCAAACGGAAACAGCAUAACUAGUGCCCCGCCCUUCUCCAGUGCAAGGACAGCAACCGAGACCAAGGCCACCUUCGGGUCUGUUGCUGUAAACGGCCCUACCUCCUUGGUCGAUAAAAAGAUUUCAAAUCCCAAAACUAAUGGCGACGGUCAGCAGCCUGCCUCCUCUGGCCUUACCUCCAGUGCCGCCCGCCACAGGAGUGCCUAUCAUAAGCAGCUGGCGGCCUUAAACUGCUCUGUUCGGGAUUGGAUCGUGAAGCACGUGAAUACAAACCCGCUCUGUGAUCUGACACCUAUCUUUAAAGACUAUGAGAAAUACUUAGCAAGCAUCGAACAGCAACAUGGGAACAGUGGCAGCAGUAAUUCUGAAGGUGAAACCAACAAAAUAUCAGUUGAAACACAGCCUCCUUCCCUGUUUGGUUCAACAGAAUUACAGCAAGAGUCAACAUUUUUGUUUCAUGGCAACAAAACUGAGGAUACAUCUGAAGAGAAGGUGGAGGCUGUGUCUGAAAAGAACAAGGACCCGUCACUAGGAGCAACAAGUGCCUCAUUUAAUUUCGGCAAGAAAAUUGAUAGUUCUGUUUUGGGCUCCUUAAACUCUGGCCCCUUGACUGGAUUUUCAUUUUCUUCUGGAAACUCCAGUUUAUUUGGCAAAGAUAUUGCCCAGAGUAAACCAGUUUCUUCACCAUUUUCCGCUAAAACGUUGGCGAGCCGAGCAGAAGGUGGCGGUAACGACUGCAAAGGUGGAGAUGAAGAAGAGAAUGAUGAGCCACCCAAAGUAGUAGUUACUGAAGUAAAAGAAGAAGAUGCUUUUUACUCCAAAAAGUGUAAACUAUUUUACAAGAAAGACAAUGAAUUUAAAGAGAAGGGUGUAGGCACUCUGCAUUUAAAACCUACAGCUAAUCAGAAGACUCAGCUUUUAGUGCGGGCAGACACCAAUUUAGGCAACAUACUGCUCAACGUUCUCAUUCCUCCCAACAUGCCGUGUACUCGCAUCGGGAGAAACAAUGUGCUUAUUGUCUGCGUCCCAAACCCACCCACUGAUGAGAAGAACGCCACCACCCCGGUCACCAUGUUGAUUCGGGUCAAAACAAGCGAGGAUGCGGAUGAGCUGCACACGAUUUUACAGGAGAAAAAGGAUGCCUGAGCGCACUUCGGCGGAGCGGUUGUUGCCCAUUGCUGCUCCCCCACCGCCCCUGAAACUUAGUCAGUUUUCUUCUCUUCCUGCUUUGACAUUCUAGGACUUAUAGAUAACUUAAAACUUUUGUGAGGAAGAUUAAUAUGGCCAAUAAAACCUUUAACGUUAAGUGUCAAGAAACUAUCUUCCCUUCUUAAGAACUGUCUAAUGUGUGAAAUACAUUUGAAAGGAAAUUUUUGGAAGAUUUUUUAUGUUCAUUUAUUAAACUAACCACAGGUGAUUUCUUAAUGGACUGAAAUCAGGGUAUCGAUUAGAUUUCCCAAAGGCUUUUCCGACCCAGGGGUUAGGGAUCAGCUGCCACCACCGGCGCGGCCUUUCGCGGCGGUGUGUCCAGAAGGGAGCUUGCCUGUAGCGGUCUUCUUUCUGGCGGGCUUGGCUGAUGUGUGUCCCUGUGAACCGUGCUGCCUUGCUGUGGCGGAGGUGUUCCUGCUUUGCUUUAUUGUGUUAUUUUACAGCUGAAAUGUGAGCACUGGAUGUUUGCCUUCAGCUUUUUCUGUGUGGACGCUGACCUGUAACCCCAUCGGCUGCUUUACUGUGACUCUGGAACUGCUGUUUCAUUUUAAUAGGAAAUGAGUAGCUUGUUCUUUGGUUUUGUAGGUUUAUUCAUGAGGUGCUCUUACUUCUGUAUUCCCCUAGAGACAAAUGGGAUGGGGGGGAUUGCCAGGAAUGAGACUUAAAAGCACAAAUUUGUAGUUUGUAGACCCUUAUAGAAAAGAAAGGGUUAAACCAUACAACAAAAGGAAGAGAAUAUGCUCUUGGUUAUUUGUACCAUGAUGAACCCUAUGGAUCUAAAACCUAAACUUAUUAAAUCAUAGGAGUUUUAUUACACAGGAGCCAUGUGAACUAACCAGGAAACAUGCAAUAAGGAAAUGGAAGAGAAAAUUAUGUGUGUAAAUGUUGCCUUUAACUUUUAGACAGCAGUGUAUUCUGCAUUUGAUAUUGAAAUUUCCAUUUACUUUCUAAAAAGUAAGAUAUUCAGUGUGUCCAUUUGGAAGGGAGCCAUGGGCAUACACACGAAUACGCACGUCACUUCCCCAUAGCUGUCAGGUAACUCACACUAGCGUUCUUGAAGACUCUGGUCAUAUGAACUAGAGGUAAAGUUUAAUGUUCUAAAUGUCCACUUUCAUUCAUUCCUCAUGAAUCACUUAAUGCUGGAACCAGAUGAUCUUGUUUAAAGGCUCAGGGUCCGUGCCUGAGGGCUCACACUCGUAUAUUCUGAUCUUCAGUACAUGCCGUCUCUGACUUUAAAAAAAAGUCAAAAUCAGUGUAGAUAGUACAGCUGCUUUUAUUUAAAAAGGAAAAAAGCUUUAACUUUUAGAUGUAAAGGAGGCGGGGAAUCCAUGUAGCGAUGUGUCACUCUUAAGCACCUGAGGUCAGGUAGUCGCGCCAGAGUCUCAGGACGCUUGCGCUGCGGCUCGCAUCUUUCUGGCUCCAUUGGGAGGAUUCGGCCCAGCGUGCGACUUCGUCCGUCCCGCCACUCGCAGAGGGAGGCGCUCGCUCUGUGGGGCUGGGGUGGCGUCGACCGGGUGUGGUGUGAGGUUGGGGGGAGGGGCGGUCACCUUGCUCUUCCUUUUUACAACUGGGAGUAUUCAUGAGGAGUUUAGUCAACAGGUGGUGGAUGCUGUUAAGGUAACCCUGGCCCUGCCCUGUUGACCUUAGGGUUAUCCAGCUGCUAACGGGCUGAGGAAAUAAGGGGGACAAACCUCAGCACGUCACAGCUUAGCCGCGCGUGCUCCUGGGUCCCGCCAGAAAGUAAGGCGCUCAGACCUCUUUGGGGACUCUUCGUGCAUCCUUCUGCUUGCUUUUGCAUGCGAUGUGGAAUGUUCACCAAAAAUGGCAUGAAAGUCAUGAUUGGAUUAACUCUUCACACCCCCAUCCACCCCCCACCCCUGGGUAAAGAUAGUUUGUCUUGUUAAAUUACUGGAUAUGUGUGGCUUUCUUUUUCCUAACAUUCCCAGCAAGUUCUUGCUAAGACUGUACUGUUAAAGUGAAGAUUACGGGGGGAAAUGUGUCCACCGUAAGUCAAAAUGUGAUAUUUUCUUAAAAUCACUCUUACACUUUAGGAACUUGCCAGUCUCCACUUUAAUUAUGUAUUAGCGUAGAAGAGCCUAAUAAGCGUAUGUGGAUUUCACUGUAAACUCUUAAGUCCGUGUAUUGUUACUGGGGGAGGGGCUCCUUGGCCCCUGGAGGGCUUGCCUUUUCAUCCCCACUGUGUAACACCUCAGUUCUGCCCUGUGGGUUUAGAUUUAUUUUUAACAAAUUAUUAGAAAUUAGGCUUUAAAAUGUUUAACGUGGACUAAAAUUGUUGUCUUUAGUUUGAGAAUCUAUAAAGAGUGUGUCAUAAAUGUGGCCUAAAGGGUGUAUAUAUCUUUAAUUCUAAAUCAGAUUGUGUUAUCUCUUGACAAACACUGAGUAUCCCAGUGGCCUUUUUGUUUUUAAACCGCUGUUCAUUCAUCUCCUCCUUCUGAGCAUUCCCAUUAAGCAAAAAAUUGAAUGUUAUGUUGUCUUCAUUGUUAGAAUCACAGGCUAAAAAUGCGUGUCGUUUUUAAAGUUUAGGUUGUGUUUUCCAUGGAAGGACAGGUCUGUUUAUGGACUGAUUUUCCUUAAAAGGAUUGUUUUACAGUUUCAAUUCUAAAUUGUAUUUUUGAUGUGCUGCAUGCCAAAAAAUAUCUACCUGUUCUGGGGUAGAGCAAAAAAAACGAAUAUUCUACCUUACUGUUAGAGCUCAGAACAAGUUUUCACUGAGACAGCUUUUUUGGUUUCGUUUUAAGGGUAAACAAGUUGCUUGUUUUGAGCAUUUGUCAGAUACUCUUAUAUUUCAGAACAAUCCAAAUGUCAGCGCAGUGCAUUUGAAGGCUUUGCAGAUUUCCAGGCGAAAUGGCUUACUCCCAAACCCCUAGGAUUCAUUCUCAUUCUGGAAGUGAGGACUUUUGAGUAGAAACUGAUUUGUCCAGUAGGUGACCGUGAGGAACCUGUCAGAACUUUUCUUCCCACUGGGUGUUCUGAGCACAAGGCCUCUUGUGUGUCGGUGGCCAGUGGCAAUGACGGUCCAGGCUGAGGGCGCUCCGUUUGAUGCAGACACAGCUGUGGCGGAGGCAGGAAACUUCUCAGCAAUCAAAUGGAUAAAUUGUUUGCUUUCUAUUUUAAAUCGGAAAUCGUUUUCUAAAACUAAAAUACUUGAAUCGUCGGACAAUGUAAUCUCAGUUUGUAUUAGUUUUUGAAUGAUUCCCAUUGAGGAAGUGUAUCAAUCCAUGCAAUGUGAAUAAAUGGAAAGUAAACAGAA